AUGAAAAGGAUCAAAAUUAAAGAGAACUUUUCCCCCUUCACGCAAUUGUAAAGAAAUUUCCAUCGAUUUUCCUGGAAGUUUGCUUGCGUUUCCUCUGCAAGUUUCUACGCAGAUUUCAUUCAAGAAGCGUGAAAAAUUGGAGAAAUCAUUCAUAAUAAGUAAGAAAGUUCAAUGGUUUUUCAUCGCUUCAACACCCUCAAAGCUUCAAAAUAUUUGGUUGAAGAUUCUUGAUAUUUAUAUUCUCGCAAGGUUUCUGAGGUUCGAGUAUCAGAUCUAAACUUCCAAGGCUGAUUAAUUGUUGACGAAAUUGCUUGCACAUACAUAUCAACAAAACUUGUAGACUCAUCAUGCAAACAACCUCUUCAUCAACAUCUUCUUCCUAUCGUUGGAAAUAUGAUGUCUUUCUAAGCUUUAGAGGUGAAGACACGCGGAAGAGCUUCGUAGAUCAUUUGUAUGCUACUUUCAAUCAGAAAGGAUUGCGUGUUUUUAAGGAUGACAAAGAAGCUAAGAAAGGAAAACUCAUAUCACCACAGCUCGAUCAUGCAAUUGAAGAAUCAAGAUUUGCAGUUAUUGUUUUCUCAAAAAACUAUGCUUCUUCCACAUGGUGUUUAGAUGAACUUGUUCAAAUUGUUCAUUGCAAGAAUAUAACAAUUUUUCCAGUUUUCUAUAACGUGGAUCCUUCAGUGGUCAGAAAACAAACAGGAGAAUUUGAAGAAGCUUUUGUCAAACAUGAAAAAACUUUUAGAGAGGAUAUUGGAAAGGUGCGAACUUGGAGAAGUGCUUUGACAGAGGUGGCCAAUCACUCUGGAUUUCACUUAAAUGAUGGGUAUGAGACACAAUUUAUUCAAGAAAUUCUUAAGGAAAUAUCAAGCAAAUUAUGUUUUCCAAAAUACACAAGUGUCGAGGGCCUAGUAGGCAUAGAUUCACGUUUAGAGAAACUAAAGAAAUUUAUAAGUCUUGAGUCACAUGAUGUCCGUAUGAUUGGGAUUUUUGGAAUGGGAGGAAUAGGUAAGACAACAAUUGCUACAGUUGCCUAUCAUGAGUUGUUUUCUGCUGAAUUUGAAGGUCGCAGUUUUUUGGCUAAUGUUAGAGAGAUUUCCAAAAAAAAGGGUCUACUUUAUUUACAAAAGAUGCUUCUUUCCCAAAUUCUAGAUAUGAAAAAAGAUGACAUAAACAUAGACAAUGUCUAUGGUGGAAUAAGCAUGAUAAGAAGUAGGUUGGAGCGUAAGAAGGUUCUUAUUGUUUUAGAUGAUGUGAACCAUCCAAGGCAAUUAGAAAAAUUAGCUGGCAAGCAUGAUUGGUUUGGUAUGGGAAGUAGGAUCAUAAUAACAUCAAGAACCAAACAUUUGUUGACAUCCCAUGGAGUAGAUGGAGUUUACAAGGCUGAAGAAUUAAAUGAUGAUGAAGCCCUCCAAUUCUUCAUUUCAAAAGCCUUUAAGAGACAUCAACCUUCAGAAAAAUUUAGGGGGCUAUGCAAAUGUGUUGUACAAUAUGCUAGGGGUCUUCCAUUAGCUCUUGAAGUUUUGGGCUGCUCUUUGUGUGGAAAAGAAGAUCGUAUAUGGGAAGAUGCAUUGGAAAGACUAAAAGAAUACGGUGACAAAGAAAUAUUGGACAUACUUCAAAUAAGCUUUGACGGGCUAGAAUAUUCAAAGAAAAAGAUAUUUCUUGAUAUAGCAUGUUUCUUUAAAGGAAUGGAUAGAGAUUAUGUGACAAAAAUUCUUAAAAGUUGUAAUUUUUUUCCAGUUGAAGGAAUUGAUACUCUAAUUGAUAAUUCGCUCAUAAUUAUUUUAGAUGAUAAUAAAUUGUGGAUGCAUGAUUUGUUACAACAAAUGGGUCGACAAAUUGUCUAUCAAGAGUGUCCUGAACAGCCUGAAAAACGCAGUAGAUUGUGGAAAGAAGCAGACAUUCGUCAAGUGUUGACAGAAGGCACAGGAACUGGAAAGGUUGAAGGCAUGAUGCUUAACUUUUCUACAGAAGAGAUCCAUUGUUGUGCUAAAGCAUUUUCGAAAAUGUUCAGUCUAAGAUUACUCAAGAUCUGCAAUGUUCAACUUCCAGAAGGCCUUGAUUACCUUCCCAACAACUUACGUUUACUUGAUUGGAAAGGAUAUCCUUUAAAAUCCUUACCACCAAAUUUGCAAUUGGACAAAAUUAUUGAGCUGAAUCUGGAAGAAAGUCGCAUUGAACAAUUGCCGCAGGGAAUCAAACCUUUCAACAAUUUGGAAUCCAUCAAUUUUAUAGACUGUCAGUACUUAAUCAAAAUGCCAGAUUUAGAAUCGGCCCCAAAUCUCAAGGAUGUGAAUCUUUUGGGAUGUAAAAUGUUGCGUGAGAUUCACCCGUCUUUGUUGGUUCACAAAAAGAUUACUUAUUUGAAUAUGAUGAGGUGUACAAGUCUUACAACUCUCCCAAACCAGAUUCAUAUGGAAUCUUUAACAGAACUUUUAUUAGGUUAUUGCUGCAAUUUGAAGAUGUUUCCAGAGAUUGUAGGAAGUAUGGACAAUCUGCGUGACCUUCAUUUACUUGGAACUGCUAUCAAAGUACUACCAAAGUCCAUUGAACUUUUAAGUGGACUUGAAUAUUUUAUUAUGGACAACUGCAAAAAUCUUGUAAGUCUUCCUAAUACUAUAAAUGGUUUGACAUCUCUUCAUGCAUUAUAUCUUUCUGGAUGCUCCAAACUUGAUAAUUUGCCAGAGACUUUGUGGCAAGUUGAAAGUCUAAAAAGCCUUAGAGUACGUGGAACUGCGAUAAGACGGCCAAUGGUGCCCCUUUUUCUUAAGAUGAAUCUUCAAGAUUUAGAUUUUAGUGGAUGCAAGGGACCGCCAUCAAAAUCUUGGUCUUCAGUCUUCUUCAAGACUUUUAGAUUGCCCACUUUGUCAGAUUUUUGCAGAUCUUUAGAAAGAUUGAUUUUGAGUGACUGCAAUAUGGAGGAACAAGCGAUUCCUAAUGAAUUUUUCGGUAGCUUUUCUUCAUUACGGACGUUAAACCUAAGCAAAAACAAUUUUGUUUUACUACCGGGAAGCAUCAAUCAUCUUUCUGAGCUUGAGUCUCUUGACUUGAACGGUUGUACGAGACUUGGAUCUCUACCAGAACUUCCAUCCAACAUAAAAUCUAUUAACAUAAAUGGUUGUGUUGCACUGGAAACAACAUCAAAUGCAUUAAGGCUAUGCGAUUCCAAGCUCUCAGAAUUUUUUUGUAUAAACUGCUUGAAAUUGAUUCGGUGCAACAUUAAUCUAGCAUCUUCAAUGGCCAGAGAAUACCUUAAGGCAACGUAUCAUCGUCAGACGAUGCUCGUGGAUGAACUUACCAUGGUUUUUCCUGGAAGUGAAAUUCCAGAGUGGUUCCAACAUAAGAGUGAGUCUUCUUCAAUUAAAAUAGAAAGGCCUCCAGAUUCUUAUGAUAACAAGAUGGUGGGAUGUGCUGCCUGUUGUGUUUUCGAUUUCCAUGAGCAUCAUAGUCGAGAUGAGGAUGAAGAAAUGGAUAUAACUCACCUUUAUUGCCUUCCGAUCGGUGAAAAACGUGAAACUAUUCAUAUUGGUUUUGAUGGGUAUCGGGGCAAGACAGUGUCAGACCAUCUUUGGCUAAUCUAUUUUCCUCAAGGACUCUUUCAAGAUUUUGUUGAGCUUUCAUUUGGAUCAGAUACUCCAGCAUUGGUGGUGAAGAGGUGUGGGAUCCAUCCAGUAUACGAGAAAGAACUGAAAGAGUUGAAGCCAAGGACCAACAAACCCAGUAGCUCUGGUUUUGGGAAUUCAUAUGAGUUGGAUGAAGAUUUUCUCGGAUCAACGGCGGCUGUUGACUGUGAUGGGUCAGAAGAUGAACCAAUCUCAAAGAUAACAACAUCUGCAAAUUUCAUAUAUGGCGAAUCGAGCUCAAGGUCUCGAGUGAACGAGAAAGAAAUAGAAGAGUAUUUUGAUGAUGAAGAUGAACCACCAUCUAAAAGAUUAAAAGAAUUUUAAUCCUUCAGCUUCAGAAUCUUCUAAAACCUACAUCUUAUACAGUGCCGUUUUACAAAUAUAUUGCUGCUGUUUGGUUGUGUGUUUGUGAUUCUGGAGUGGUUUCCUAUCAGUUACCGAUCCUUUAUGGGUGUAUAUGUCGGAAUGAAGCUUCUUGAGGCAGGAGAUGAUUCUAGUGACUUGAAGUUAAUUGGUCAUAUAUUUAAUUGUAGGUCAGCUUUAAGAUUGGAUGCAUAUCAGACUUCCUUAUGCCAAAUGUAUAUUACUAUCUUUUUAAAAUAAUGGAAGGAACAUAAGUAUGACAUAGUAUUAGGAAAGUGUGAUAAAAUGCCUUCUUCUUUGAAAGAGGUUUGCGUUGAGGUGAGCCUUUUAAGAGAUGUUGGAUGCAAUGCCUGAAAGAAAAAAUUUGUAAUUGUGUAAAUACGAAUAUCUUAUGAAAAGAAAAUUCAUAGCCAUUUUAA